AUGCCCAACCACAAGGUCAAUAACAGCCGCAAACGCAAGCCUAACGAAAUGCGCAGUCCAAGGAUUCACUUGCGCAUGCAGAAAAUCCACCCUAGACCCAAUCAGAGCCCCAAGAGUGAGAACGUGGCGGUUGAGACGAACUCAGAGCAGUAUUGCGACGCGCCUGUGUCUGAUGUGCCAAUGAACAUAUGCGAAGCACUUUGGGAACACAACGCCACGGAAAUCACCAGCACAUUCGUCUGCAUCAGAACUAAUGACUUUUACUGCUAUCACAGGUUUGAGAGAGAGACACCGAAGUUGGUGACACAAAACCUGGCAGAGGAAGGAAUCCGAGGCUGA